AUGACAACUGUAAAGUCCAAAAUUGAUGCACAUGUGGAGGAAGCAUUAUGGAUAGAAGACCCUGAUAUCCUAGUGGUUCUUCAGCAUUUGAAUACAAAUGAAUAUAGAGGAUACCAGAAGGAAGGUUGUUUUCAAGGUGUGCAGAAGAUUUGGCUUUUGGAAGGAGAAAUUGUGGAGUUGGGAAGGUCAUCAGGCUCAGGGCUUACUAGAAGGUUAUUUGAAAUAAGAGUGGAAGCUGUAACUUCUGCACGAGUAGAGAAUUUAGGAGAAGGGUCAAAUGUAGACUUUCGAUUAGUUCCAGGAGAAGUAGUGAUAGAAAUGGAAUUUGGAAAUAUAGAAAUGUGGCAUACAGAUUUGAACUUUUCAGAACAGCAAACCACUCGGCACUCGCAGCAGAGACAACACAGAGAAUCUGAUUGUGAACUUCACAAAGCUAAAGAAAUUGAAACUUCAGCUGAUAGCUUUGGUCACUCUUAUGACACCAGGUUUAUGAAUGUUGAUUUGGAUGGUGAGACAGGUGUUCGUCGCAGUACUCGUCAGAAAAAAUUGUUAUAUGACAAUCUAAAUCAGAAAUGGCUCUUGACAUCUGGCAUUCCUGAGCUUACCAAACUUGAUGCCUUAUUCUCUACUGACAGAAGAGAAGAAAAUCCAAUGACAAAAAGUAAAAAUGGGGUUGUUAGGCGAAGCUAUGAACUACGUCGUUUGGGCCUUACUUCAGCCAGUGUGGAAUUUGAAGACAUGUAUUCAAGAGUUAAACGACAGAGAGAAAAAGCAAAUCGUAGGCUAUACCAAAAUGAACAGCAUGAGAUUGCCAACAUGGCAGACACAGAAGACACUGACCAGCAAGAAGAUGAAGAAAAUGAAGAGGGUAGUGAGUCAGAAGGAGGAGACUAUCAGGAUGAUGAUAUUUCCCAGCCCCAAAAGUAUUAUUUACGAAAGAAAAAACCUGUAACGGAUAGAUUUCAGUUCCCAAUUGAUCCAGUUCGUUCUAAAAAAGCUCCAAGUUCCAAUAUAUUUCACACUCCUAAUCAUCACUGCCUGACAAGGGAUCAUGCAACUUUCAAGUCUCCAGCACACAGAAGUCCCUAUAAAAGAGAGAUGUAUUACGAAAGUGGUUACAGGAGACAUCAUGCCACACACAACAGUUCCUCCACUAGUAGCUCAAGUGAUGAUGAGCGACGAUUUGAAAGAAGGAAGGCUCGCAGCAUGGCAAGAGCAAGAAAUAGAUGUUUACCAAUGAAUUUCACAGAAGAAGAUUUAAGUAAAGGGGUGUUGAGAGACAGAGCCAAGAUUGGAACCAGUUUAGCAGACAUUGAUCCAAUGGAGGUUGAUAAAUCUGUAUUUUUUGAGAGUAUUGGAGGUCUAGACAGCCAUAUUCAGGCUUUGAAAGAGAUGGUUCUUUUUCCUUUGAUGUACUCAGAAGUGUUUGAAAAAUUUAAGAUUUCCCCUCCUAGGGGAGUACUUUUUCAUGGACCACCUGGAACUGGAAAAACUUUAGUAGCUAGAGCUUUAGCAAAUGAAUGUAGUCAAGGAGAUAAGCGUGUUGGUUUUUUUAUGAGAAAAGGAGCAGAUUGUUUGAGUAAGUGGGUUGGAGAGUCAGAACGACAGCUUAGAUUAUUGUUUGAUCAGGCUUACUCAAUGCGUCCAUCAAUCAUAUUCUUUGAUGAGAUUGAUGGUUUAGCUCCUGUGAGGUCUACCAGACAGGAUCAGAUACAUAGCUCUAUUGUUUCCACAUUGCUGGCUCUAAUGGAUGGUUUGGAUAACCGGGGAGAGAUUGUUGUCAUUGGUGCCACAAAUCGUAUUGACUCAAUUGAUCCAGCUUUGCGUCGGCCUGGCAGGUUUGACAGGGAAUUUCAUUUUGGAUUGCCAUCUUUGGAGGCUAGACAGACCAUAUUACGCAUUCAUACCAAGCAUUGGCAACCUGUCCUGUCUGAUUCCUUGUUAGAAGAACUGGCUGUUCGAACUGUUGGCUACUGUGGUGCUGAUCUAAAGGCCCUGUGUACAGAAGCUACUUUACUGGCAUUACGAAGAUGUUACCCACAGAUAUACAAGUCAAGGCAAAAACUUCAGCUUGACUUGAAUACAAUUAAGAUAGAAAGAUUGGAUUUUGAAAAAGCUAUGACCAAAAUUGUGCCUGCAACUCAACGUUCAUCUCCGUCCCCUGCCAGAUCAUUGAAACUGUCUCUUAGGCCUUUAUUACAACGCUUGCUGGAAAAAGGAAUCAAAUCACUUAAAGUUGUCUUCCCUGCUGGACUUGGAAAAGCUCUUUCACCUUCUAAUUCAACUACAAAAAAGAAAAGUGAAAUCGUAUUGUCAGAAGAGGAUGAAAGUACAUAUUCUGAUGAUGAAGAGUUACUAACCCAAGAAGAAGUAUCUUCAGUACCCACUGACUUAGAAAAGAGGAUUGCUAGAGGGAUCCAGAGUAGAUUUGGUCCACCAAGCCACCGUCCGCGUUUGUUACUUGCUGGUGAAAAAGAUCAAGGUCAGACCACUCAUUUAGGACCUGCCAUACUUCACUGCCUCGAACAUUUGCCUGUCCAUAAACUUGACCUUCCAACCUUACAUGCUGUGUCUUCAAGAUCACCAGAAGAAGCCUGCACAGAGUUCUUCCAUGAAGCCCAACGAACACUGCCAAGUGUGUUGUAUCUUCCACAUAUGGACCAGUGGUGGAGCACAUCUAGUGAUAUUUUAAGGGCAACAUUCACAACUUUGCUUUCAGAUAUUGAUCCUAGUAUUCCUCUUUUCCUGCUAACAACCAGCGACUGCCCACUAAAGGAUCUUCCAGUUGAGGUACAGCAUCUUUUCAAUGUCGGUCAAGGUGAAGUGUUACAGAUGGAAAAUCCAAAUAGGUCAGAAAGAUAUGAAUAUUUCUCUAAACCUUUAUUAAGAGAUGCAAAGAAGGCUCCCAAGAAGAAGAAAACCAAAAAUAUGGAAAAAACCCUUCCUGUGGUACCACCUCCUGAACCAAGAAAACUUACAGAUGUUGAACUCCAGAAACUUGUUGAACAAGAGGAAGCAACCCUUCGAGAACUAAGACUGUUUUUGCGAGACAUUUUGAAUAAACUAGCCAGAGAUAGAAGAUUUGCCAUGUUUACUAAACCGGUUGAUCCAGAAGAAGUGCCAGAUUAUCAUCAUGUGAUCAGUAAUCCAAUGGACUUGGAAACAAUAAUGUCUAAAAUUGACCUCCAUUGCUAUCAGUCUGUGUCACAGUUUCUAGAUGAUAUUGACCUAAUUUGUCAUAAUGCUCUUGAAUACAAUCCAGACAGAGAUCCAUCAGAUAAACUGAUACGCCAUCGUGCUUGUGCUUUGAAAGAUACUGCUCAUGCUUUAAUAGAUACAGAGUUAGAUGAAGAGUUUGAAAAGAUUUGUGAAGGUAUCUUAGAAUCUAGAAAACAGAGAGGUGAUACGCCAUCCAAGUAUGCUCCUAAGAACUAUAAAGUUCUUCCCCGUCCACGACCUGAAACACAAAACAGUACCACUGAUCCUAAAACAAGUGUUAAGGAAGAGAAUGAAGCCAGCCAGUCUUUGGUUACAGCUUCACAGAGGACGAGAGUGCUUGAGGUGACUCCCACUUCUUCAGAUCCAGAAGUUGCUAGUAAAGAGAGAAAACCAGUAAAUCAAAAGUCAUCUCGGCCGAAAUUUGUUAUUGUUCACCACCGAAAACCAGGACUUUGGUUUGGAUGUCGAAGACGAACAAUCCGACGAGUUCCAAGUACAGCUCCUCAAAAGGUUGAUAUGGACAGAGCUCUAAAAAUUACUCCCAUAGAUGACAGAUCAGAAACUAAAGAAGCCGAAGUUAAUUCCAAAUUGCCCUCUGCUGACAAUGAGAAAACCUCUGUUAGCAGCCAUUUUCAUGGUGAUCAAACUGAAAGCUCAGGCCUUGGUUCAGAACUUACAGGAUGUAGCUCAGGAACAAAUAAUUCUUCUACAUCAAACACCUGUGUUGUGUCAGAAGAAUCAAGCAACCUUUCCAUAGACGAUGGACUUCAUACCGGCAAAGGAAACUGUGAUAAUAAAGACUCAAGUGAUGUCAAAGAUGCUGAAAAGUCUGAGCAGCAAGAUGAAGUAGAAUUAAUCUCAGUGGCCUCUUCUGACAGGAACAAGCAUAUUGUUCAAGAACACGAUUUGUCUGGCAUGUGUUUUGAAGAAACAAAAGCCUCUGAACCUAAAGAAGUUGUAGUUGACAGUAGAAAACUAGAAAGACUUCUGCAACGAGUGGUGGAUAUAACGGAAGGUUCUUCUUUGGAAACUUUGGAACGACUGUACUUCAAUCUAGAUCACUGUAUUUAUAGACACAGGAAGGCAUGGAAUAAAACUGAUCUUGUGAAGGAUCUGGAAUCAACACUUGACCAAUUUCAACAACUGAAUUGUACAGGUCAACCUAUGUUGGCAAGGUGAUGAAAAAAAGAAUGAGUCUUUACUAAUUGAUAUGUAAUAUUCCCAUAGUUCACUCUAUUAGUUCUUUUUGAUGAAAUUCAUCCAAAGAAAUGAGAAGAUUAUAAAUCACUUUGGAUGUAGAUACAGAGCUCAUUGACUUACUUUUCUUCACUAAUACCAUACUUUUCUAUUGACCAAAGGAAGGGUUUCAUCUGAUCUUUUUUUGUUUGUUUUACUUGAAUGUAUGUAGUUUUUUGUGUUCAUUCUUUUCUGGUUUAUUCAUGAGUUAGUUUUUGACCAAAAAAAUACAAAAAAAGGCAUUGUGUUGCUCAUGUACAUAGAUAAUUUUUUAAACAGAUUUAUCUGGAAAAAAGUAUAUAUAUAUAUCUACACCUAGAAAAAACGAGAGAUUUCAUUGUAAAAUGUGCAUUGUAGUGAUGCUACAUAACUUUAAAUACUUGAAGGUAGUUAAAAAAACAGAGUCAGGUGGUGCCUUUAUACUUCCCUCAAUACCAAGCUUAUCAAUAUAUCACCAAAUAUUUAAAAACUCAUGAAAAUUUGAUAUUUAGUUUCCAUGUAAUGAAUUAUGAGUUGUACAAAUAUAUUCAAAAUUUAUAUGGUGAAAACUAAAUGAAUUGAAAAACCUAAAUUCUUAUAUUAAUUUCUGAUAUUUUAUACAUUUUUCCUUAUGUUUAUUUAAAGACACUAUGUUUUUGUGUUCAUCAUCCCUAGAUUAAUAGGCUAAUUUUUCAAGAGAUGCCAAGGUUAUGAAUAAUCUCCUGUUACAUGAAUUUAACUAUGAUAUAUUUGUGCUUUUUUGGUUGAUUUAAUUUUAUUGGGUAAAUGUAAUGAUCUCAAAUUUAGUAUGAUAACCAUAAAAUUGUAAACCACUAUCAUUCCCCCAUUCAUCAUCCCAGGAUUAAAUUAUCACUUAUGUACUAAUUUUAGGACAGAAACUAUUUUUCAGUCUUUUUGUAGGUGAACAUGCAAAUUUUCUGUAAUGUUUGGAUAUAUAUUAAAUGAAAAAACAAACUGGAAAUUAGAGUAGAAUGUGAGUUUAGGCUUUUCAUUGAACCGUAGGGUUUUUAUUGGAAACAGCAGAAAAGUUGAUAAAGUUGUAAUAUUUAGAUAGCCUAUAUUCAUUGUCCAUGUGAUAAAGUUUCACCAAGUGUGUUGUUAUAGAAGUAUUGAAACAUGCUGUAGUAUGUUAGCUAUAAUAUCAAUAUAGAUACAGUAAUUUUAGUUUCUAAAAAUUUCAAAUGUUGAUAUGGGAAUAAAUGAUGUGUAUAACCACUUUUAACAUAUUUAUAAAGAUAUUAGACGUCAGAGGUCUUUACACAUUAAUGUUGUAUAUGGUACUUUUUAUCUGAAGCCAGGGGCAUCUCAUAAUAGCCUUGUAUUAAUAAAAGCCCUUCAGUUAACUUGAGUUUGUACUAAACACACCCUUCUUCAGUAAAAAGUUUUUUUUUGUUGUUUUUUUUAUAUAGCAUUAGAAUGGUAACGUUCCCGUAUGAAUUGCUCAAUUGUGAAAACAGGUAUGUUGUGUGUAGUCAUAGCAUGUAUGUAUACAGAAUAUUUACAAUGUGUAUUGUUAAAUAUGCAUUUCAUAAUUGUAUUACAUGGGUUUCAGUCAUGUGGUUAUAAUCACUGCCAGAUUUUAUACAUUAUAAAGAACUGCCAUACCACCAAAGAAAAAACAAAAACUGAUUGUUUUGUGAAAGAUUUCUUCAUCAGUGCUUCAGGUUUUGUUCACAGUUUUUCUGCCUUUUUGCCAGUUGUUGUACAUAUUUUCUCAGAUUGAUAGGGGAAGAGUUGUGUAUUUGUUUUUUUUGUAUGACAGAUGCCAAUGUCAUUUUGUGUUGAACCACAAGUACACUGCCUUGCUCUUCCAGAAUAAUCUUAACUUUAAUAUUUGUUGAAAAACUGUUGUAGUCAUCUAACAUCAACUUUGUACUUAAUGAUUUUACAAGUCACCAAAACUAUCAUAAUUAUGAAUUUCAGCUUUAGGAUUUUUCUGAGCUUCCUCAUUAUUUUGAAUUACCCAAGAGCAGAUUUUGUUGUCAUCAAAAUUAUUGCUUUCUUGCCCUUUCUGGUUCAUAACAGUAAUGUUAAAAGCUAAACAUUAACCUUAGGUGAACCAUAUUAGCGUCACCUUUGAACUCUCUACAUUUUACAUUAUGAUCAGCUGUAUCUGUUCAUUUUUGUUUAUGAUAUAAAAUCUUAAAUGUAUGUUUAAGGAUACAAAGAAGUAACAUAAAGAAUUAUCCUGGAGGAAAUGUAGAGACGUAUUUGUGUGAAAAUACAUUAAGGUUGUAUUUGAAGUUAAUGUCUCAGAUGAAAUUCACAUAAAUAUAUGUAAAGAAGGACCUCAUCUUGUUAAAGAAAUCACAAGUAAAAUAUUUAGAUGAUACAUCUUGUAUGCCCUGUUGUCUUAAAAAUGUAUUUUAUAUGAUGUUGGUUCAAAAAUGUUCUGCUGAGUCACAUACAUUUGACAUGUCUAGUUUUCAUAAAGUAGACAGGUUCAGUGGCCUUUGCAUAAUAGUUAGGUACCACCACAAAUGUUCACAAUUUGCUCAGUUUAUAUUUACUGAAAUAACCUUUUAUUUUAUUAUAUUUUUUGUCCGUACCUCAAGAGAAUUGCCAGUAGUCGUACUUGCAUACAGCGUCAACAAUUUUGACUAUCUUGAUCAACCAUCUUUACAACCGUGUCGGACACUUCAUGUGCCGAAGUACAGGAUGUCCUAAAGUUAUUUUCUUAAUUUGAAAAUACGUGUGAGCGACUGCUGGCCUUCUACUUUUGCUAGGUGGUAACCACCCAUCCUAAAUCUAUGAUAUACUUGUAACAGCUUAAUGUCCUCUCCAUGCUAUUAAAAUGUGAAUGUAGUUCAUUUUGGACAACUUUGAAGCCUUGUAAUUUUCAGAGCCAGAGAGUAAGAUGAUGAGAUACAUCCUGAGAAAACCACUGAAUAAUUUCUUUCCCAAAAAUAUUCAAGAGAUGUUGUUGAAUGUCUCCUUUCCAAAACUUUUGCUAACCCCCCUUUCCCCCAAAAAACAUCUUGAAUGUGUCCUAAAAAUACCCACUUCUCAAAGAUGUUAAAUAUCUCCUAAAAUAUAUAUCUACCUCAGAGAUGCUGAAUACCUAUUAAAAAUUUCCACACCCCCCCCCCUCCUCCCAGAAAAUACAUAUAUUGUAUCCACCUAAAAAUAUUCCACCUAACCCAAAGAUAUGUUUAGAUAUUGUGAUGUUUCACUACUGAGUAUGUAAUUUAUGGACAUCCUGUAAACUAAAGCAAAUUGUAUUGUUGAAAUGUAGGAGUGUGUUUAUUUGUGAAACAGCUACCUGUUGAGCCAAACAGUGUUUAUCUUAGUUUACAAAGUCUGUGCUCAUGUAAAGUACUUUGUUCAUAGGAACAUGAAUGGUCAUUUAAAGUAUAAUGAAUUGUUUAUAAAAGUAUAUAGUCACUUGUAGUUUGUCUGGUUAAUGAGAAAAAAGCAUUGGUAACUAAAGCUUUGGAUACAGAAUUCUCACAAAUUACCUCUGAGCCAUUAAAGUUAUCAAACUGUAAAAAUUAGGUAAAUUGGUUCAUCCUACAGGUUAAUAUUUUAUAUUAGAAGUCUCUCUAUCAAACAGUCUGUUAACCAGUAGUGAAUCAGAAGCAUGAUUUUCAUCUUGGGAAAUUUCAGAUUAUGUUAAACAGUUAUGAUUUAAAAGAAUAUAUCAGUAAACAAAAGUAGUAUAUAUUUUUUUUCUUUGUUCUUACAUCAUCUGAAUCAGUAUAGUUGGUAUAUUGGAUUUCUUUAACUUUGCUUACGUAUUGAAUGUGAAAACAUUACCUUGGGGAACAGAACAGGAAGGUCAGGUUUCUCGCUUCUCUAAAAGAUGGUUGAUUCUAGCUGAGCUGUAAUACUUUUUACAUUGUAGAUUAUGUAUUCGGCUUUAAACUUAGCAACUGUCAUUUAUAGGUCAUGAAACUGGAGUAAUGUUACUAAAUUAUAGCAUUUCAUUUGAUCAUAAAAAUUCCAUUUGAGUUCUGAAAUAUGUCUGGUAAAAUAAAAACGUUUGUAAAUAAUGUUUGUAUAAAUAACUGAAAAUGUUUAUAAAGAACAUUUGUGUAAUGUAAAAUUGAACAGUUUAUCAAGUAAAACAAACCAUUUGGAUUUCACUUUAUAGUUGGCAACAAUAACAUUAAUUUUGGUCAUUUACUUAAAACUUGUAUUGUGCUGCUAGCAAGAUCUCAGGUUGCUUGUUUAGUCAGAGACCAAAGCUUUAAUACACAUUGCUUCAAUAAUACUCUUGAGAAAAACUGCCAGAUCAGUAUAACAUUGUCAUAUUUCAUCACACUUUAGCUUUGAUACAUUUUAUUCUAGUUUGUUAAUUAUCACUUUAAAAGAGUUCUUUAGCAUUAUGUUUUGACUUUGGAAAUUUCUUGUCAUAGUUUUGAGAACAACUAUCGCAGCAUAUAAACUUUUAACAUUUAACUGUGAGAUCACUGUCGCCUCGUACCAGACAUGUACAUAUGGGUGCAUUACAGCUGAUAGUGGACACCAGAUACAGUAUUUAGAGAGAACACCAGAUUGGUACACGAAUAGGUACAAUAUAUGGUACUCUGGCAUGGCCCAUUAUAGAACACUAGAUACAGUGCAUGCUGUGGAUGGGGGAUAACAGGUAUGGCCCAUUAUGAAAUACUAGAUACAGUGCCUGUUGGUGGGAGGGAUAACAGGUAUGGCCCAAGAGGGGACACCAGUAGAGUACAUUGGGGUACACCAGGUAUGGCAUAGUUCUCCCAGUAAUUAAUAUUGUUUCAUUCUGAAGGUUUGAAGUUAUGCAACUGGCUUGAGCAAAUGGAGCAUUUUACAUGAUGAUCUGCAUGAAGGUGAAUGUUUUCUUUGCAUUUCAUUACACAGCAAGGAUAUUAUAGUACUUAGAAUUGUUACUGUUCAAAAUAAUUCUCCCUAAUCCCCCUUAACCUAAGCUCUGCUGAUUCAGAUGCAAAAAAAAAAAAAAGUUUUGUUUUGGCACUACAAUUUUUUGAAACUGAAGAAUGUUUCAGAUGUAUUCUUAGUGUCCUACCACAUGAUGUUAUUUAUAUGAAUUCUUGAUCUCAGAGAAAGAAAACAAAGUUCCUCCUGAUCCCUAUGUAUAGUUUCAUUUUAUCUCCACUAGGUUUGUCUUUCUCGUCCAAGUGUGGUUUCAUUUCUGUGAGAUUUGUGUAGUACUUUUUAUUAAGAGUUGUGUACAAAUUUCUAAUGACAGUAUCAAGGCAUAUCCACCUGUAUUCAAUAAUUUGUUUAAUUUGUAACAUUAUUUUGCUCAUUCAUAAUUUACAUUGUUUUGAUUCUGUUAUUUAAGUAGCUUAAUACAUGUUUUAACAUCAUAAGAGUUGAAGAUUAGAAGUGCUAUGGCUUGUAUGAGUAGCCUUAAUAGUGUUUUUAUUGCUGGUGUUUUGUCCUUGCAAGUGGUGAUGAUUGAGUACCAGUGUGUAAAGAAUUGUUUCUCAUAUUUUAAACAUGGAUCUUCUUUUUUAACAACCCACCUGUGACACCUACAAGUCGAACUAACGUGUCAUGUACUAACUUCCAAUAAAAAUUCAAAAACAUGUGUUACAGUGGUAAUGGCAUUACAAGUUCAAGAUGUGCGAGAAAGUAACAGAAAAGUCAAUGGCAAGAAUGAUGUGUUCAUAGAUAUUGGAGAAACCUUUUAUUAAACAGUCAUACAAGUUUUUCUUUUAUAGUCAUUUACAGAACAUGUGUAUAUUAAACAACUGUUUCAUUAUAGUAUGGUGGUGUUGACACAAAUAGCAGGAAACAUUGAACUGGUGCAAAAUACUCAAUGGUUGUAAUUAUUUAUAUACACCUAAUUUGUUGAUUUACACCAGUCAAAUUAUAGCUCAUCAUUAUUACAAAAGAAUGAAAAAAUUGUUUGGAAUUUUGUGGUAUCUUGUCAUGAGCUUUUCAGCAUAAACAUUGACAGACAUUUCUUCUUGGCAAGAAAAGUAAUCUGCCUUGUAUCUUAAAAUCAAUUUGAGAACAGUUUGUAAUGCAAAGAAGUUACGGUGUAUGUUAUAUUUGAUAAUUUAUGUAGUGGUAAGUCUUGACUUGGAUGUUGAGUAUCAGUUUAAUUAAGAAAAAUAUUGAGUUAUAUUUUAAUGUCAUUUCUAAUGCUGUUGAUAAUAAUAAUAAUAGUAUCAAAAUGCCGAGAAGCAGCCUCUCCUGUUUGGAUUUGUCAUAUUCUAGUUACUUUAAAUCUGUUUGUCUCUUUAUGAUUACCGUUGUAUUGUGAUAAUAAAACAUCAUUUUAUUAGUCAGAUUAGUCUUAGUUGUUAAUUGAAUAUUUUUGGGGACUUUGCAUUUCUCAGUAAAGUGAUAAAAAAUGGUAAUUCAAUAUAGAUUAAUUUCAUUUGUCAAAUUUUUAUAAUUUGUUUUCAUUGAAACUACUAUUUUUUGGAAAAACUGAACAAUUGAUGUAAAUGUGGUAAAACUUGUUUUUUUAUUAUUAUUAUUAUUUGUAGUUCAGGAAAAUUUCCAAAUUUUAAACUUUUGUAUGUAGGUUUCACACCAUAUUUUUGUAUGAGAAAAGAACGUUUUUUUUUAAUUCUAAUUUUCAAUCUCAAUAAUAAAUUUGUUUACCAACUUUUAGUAAUUAAACAGGUCAGAAGGUAUCAGUUUGAAGAUGUUUUUUAUUGGUAUUUCUAUUGUGUUAAUUCUGAAGAUUUAAGGUAUAGCAAAGUUUUGCCUAACUUUCAAACCUAGAAAAACCUAGUAGAGUCAUGUUCUCACUUAAAAUUUGGGAAUUAAAUCCACUUAACAGGUUUUAAAUAUUCUAGAUAUUAAUUUGUUUUUUCUAUUAAAAUAUGGGCCGUAACUUAAGGUUUUUUCUUACUUUUUAGUAAGUUAAAAAUCAUAAUGUGGAAGACUUUUAGAAAAAACAUUAUUCACUCUGUGUAGUGGUGAUGUAGUAGAUAUAACUAACAUUCCUAUCAUAGGUUGUGUGACAGAUAAGAAACAGACAGAUUGCUUAUUAAAUUACAGACCUAUCUUUUAUAUCGUAUCCUAAUAUCUUAUGAUAAAAAGAAAUCCACUUAGAUUUGAUUGAAUUACAUUUUAUUCAGAGGACUGAACACUCAUAACUGUGACCUUACAAGUUCAAGACUUUGUGUUGUACAAUAUAUAAAGAAUAUCCACCUGUGACUUCUGUCCAAAACUAAAUUUUUUGUUCUAAUAUCCCAUCUUUAUCCAAAAAUGUAAAGGAAGGGGGAAAACUAUAUGUUGCCAAAUGAGCAUUGAACAUAUUGGUGUCCUCUCAAAUUUUGCUGCAUUUUUGGUUCUUCAGAUAUAAUUUUUUGUUGUAGUUCUAUGUAAAUUCAUUUUGCUGCUUACCUUGUGUUGUGUGUGCUCUGUUUCAACAGUUGUUUGAUAUAUUUAUGUAGCUUUUCAACAUCACUUGAUCUCGUAUGACAAAUUAACUAUACUGUGUAGUUUUUGAUCUUUCAAAGAGACUUCCUAAACCAACUGUCUAGAGAAUUACCUGAUAUACGUUUAAAGUAUGUUCAUAUAUAUGAAAUUAUGGAGUUUUUGCAAGCAACAGUUUUAUUAGACGAUCAAAAAAUCCAAAAUAGCUUUUUUUUUUUUCAGGUAUCUCAAAAUAUAAUUCCAAACUUGUUACUAUUUUAUGCUUUACGGGAAUGGUAUAAUGCUAGGUUGGUGUUCUGUAGAUAUUAUGGCUAUUUGAAAAGACGUUAAUGUGCCUUUACCUAGAAAAUGCUUCUGUUAUAUAGCGAGUUCUAAAACUUCCUAAAUAAUACAGUUUGCAUCUGAACUUAGCUUACAGAAUUAAUUGCUAACUGGAAAUAAUUUAUUGGAAGAAAUUUCCGUUUUCAGCAUGUAACGUGCUACCUUUGAAGAUAUUUCUUGGAACAGACUAAGUCAUUGCUAAGCCUUUUAUUAUUUAAAUGCUUACUAAGGUAUAACUUACUGUAAAAGAUAUGAAGUGUGACCUAAAAUGCUUGGCCUAUUUGAAAUUUUACUCUUCCCUUAUAUGUUAUUUUAUUCUGUUAUUCUUUUCAGCUUUAAUUCGAUCAGCUUAGAAGUAGAGAUUUGUAUUAAUUGAUGCCAUGUUUAUUCAUCUUUGAUAAAUUGUUUUCCUUUAUCAAAGAUUCAUGCUAUAUAUAUAGCCACGUAGGAUAACGAAAAUAUCAAGUAAAAGUAAGAGACAAAUGAAAUCAAACUUGCUUUUAUUUGCAGCUGUUUAACGUGUUUUCUCAUCCUUUUGUGUUCCACAAGUUAAAGCCCAAUAGCAUUGUUCUUUUCCCUGUUAUUCUUUUAACUAAUUUUGGUGGAUUUUUCGAGGAAAAGCAUAAUUUGGCAUAAUUUGUUUGGAGAAGAAAAAGAAACGUAUUGCAUUCGAAAGCUUUCACUAACGUAUGAAAAUAAAAAAAUCUAAAUAUUAUAAUGAAAUGGGAAAAUUUGUUAAAAUAGAAUAACUUGGGGGGGGGGGGCAUACAGACUCUACCCUAAUAGUUAUAGUGUUGAUUCAAUUUUUCAUAUAAUAUCUUUGUUUUCGUUUUAGAUAUUGAUAAUUUUCGAUAAUUGAUGUUUUUUCUUAAGAAUACAUGUUACUUCUGUACGACUUGUUUAAUACGUAGUAAUAGCGAAACAAAUUGGAAAUAAUUAAAAAUUGUGUUCCUUUGAAUAUUGACCAUGUUUACCCUAGUGACAUAGAAAUAUGCUUAUAAAGCUGCUUGAAAAAACUGAAACUGAUACCUUUUUUACCUUGUGUCUGAGAAGUAAAUCGUGUCAUCACCACUACACCAUUAUUGUGACCAUCACUGCCAAUAUAUAUGUAUGUACAUGUAUAUACAAGUUGGUUCGGGCUUCUGCUUUGAAAGGUCUCUACAUUGAACAGAAUUGUUUAUACGUACUUGUACAUGUUUGGUGUAUUUUGUAUUUAAACCCCUUUUUUGCACUGUUGUAUGAUUACAGUGAUAAUUAUCUACCUCUAAUUUCAUUACCCUCUCCCCUACUUUUUUUUGGUGAAAUAAAACUUGGGUGUAAAGCAA